UGUGCGCAGAAGAAUCAGUAAUGAUGAAGUGCUUGUAUCUUUUGUCUUUUGUUAUGUUUCACGUCGCUGCAGGCUGUGCUCUCUCUGGUGAUGAUAAUCUGGUAGUAAUCACACAACACAAAGGUGGUUCAGUGCUGUUACCCUGCUCCUGCUCUGAUCUCAACACCAAACCUCAGAAAUUCACUUGGAAGACCAACAGAACAGGACGUCUGAGAGAAAUGUUAAAUGGUAAACGCUACCGUGGCAGACUCCAGCUGUUUAAUAACAUUUCUCCUGCUAAUCUGUCUCUGCUCAUAUCUGACCUGAGAGAAGAGGAUCAGGGAGACUACAGGUGCAGCACUAAGAGGGAACACAGAAACAUCUGGCUUCGUGUUAAAGGCUGUGAGCUGGUGAAGAAGGCAGGGUUAGAGGAGGUGACUGGGUUCACAGGAGAGUCUGUAGUCCUGCCCUGUGUCUGCACUGACCUACAGGACAAACCAAAGUCUGUACAAUGGAAUUUUAUAACAGAAUCUGGAGCAAAUAAUCAGAAAAUUUACCCUGAACAGACUGAGUAUUACAGGAACAGAGUCAAACUGGUCAGUAAAAACUCUCCAGGAAACCUCUCUCUACUCAUAUCAGACCUGACUGAAGAAGAUCAGGGAUUCUACAUAUGUUCUGUACAGGCUGAUACAAAAUCUAUCAGACUAUCUGUUAAAGUUGGAAGAAAAGAAACUUCAGCACACUCGAGGAAAACAGACACAACACCUCCAUCAGAACAGUGUCAGACUAAAACACCAAACUCUCCACCUGCAGCCUCCUCAACAACACUGGAACAAGAUAAACAGCAAACACACAGCAGCCUCCCGAAAGGAGGAAGAUGUGGAGAGAACAUGAUGACUGAAGGACGUCAGGACUGUAAGGGAAAGCAGGAGGAUCAGACUGGACCUGAUCUUGUCACUUUCUGUAUUAUAUAACACAUGAACACAGCUGGAGCAGCACGGGUUCAGAUCAUCGCUGGAGAGAAG